GUUGACCGCUAGAUGUCGGUGUCACCGUCUGUAGCGCUUGACUGGUUGAGCAGUCGGCGUCCUCGCGCGCCUCUAAUGUGUCAGCGCCAAACAGCAGGAAAAAAACUUCGGCAAAAAUGGCGGAGGGUGCAACGUCUCUCAAAGGGUUGCGGGCGCAAAUGGCUGCAGCUGCGCAGGCGCAGGCAGAGGAACGGCGCAGCCAGGCAGGGAACAGCCCAACGCCAGCAGCUCCAGCUAGCACAUCGAAGAGCCAGACCAGGCCAGUCAUUGAUGGGGCAGCCCUGAGGAUAGAUGACAAACUUCGAGUGGCCAAAGAGAGGAGAGAAGAGCAGGAAAAGCAACAUGCGGCCCGUGAGACUCAGCUCCUGGAGAGAGAGCGCAAGGCCCGGCUGCAGGUGGAGCGACAGAUGGAGGAGAGACAAAAGAAGCUUGAAGAGCAGCGCAGGAAGGAGGAACAGAGGAGAGUUGCAGUGGAGGAGAAAAGAAAGCAGAAAUUAGAGGAAGAAAAGGAACACUAUGAGGCUGUGAUGAGACGUACCCUGGAGCGCAGUCAGCGACUAGAACAGAGACAGAAGAGAUGGUCCUGGGGUGGACUUUCAGACUCUGACAACAAAAAUGCUGCGUAUUUGCACUUCUCCUACUCUCUCACCCUCUCCAUGGAGAGAGAGUCCGUUUCCAAUAGCGACCUGUCUGUCCCUGCCCCUCCCACAGGACAGAGUGACAGUGGUUCCACCUCCUCCCCGAUUGCUAUAGUAAUCUCCCCUGCUUCUCCAGCCUCCAAGCCACCCAGGAAUCAGACGUCACAAGACAAGCGCUCUUCCUCUACUACGAACCUGAAACAGACUGACUCAGUCAUCAGCAAGCGUCUCUCCUCAUCCUCUGCCACCCUCAUUAAUUCUCCUGAUAAAAGUGCAAAGCGGAGAAGUUCAUCUUUGAACCGGUUGCCUAGCAAUGCUCCUCAGGCCAAUAAAGAAGCUCAUAAGCAGCCUCAGGUGGAAAAGACAGGCCCAAUCCUGAAGAAGCGAAGCUCCUCCCUCUCUCGAGUAGGGGCUAAAACACAGCCUGCCACCAAACCAGAGAAAUCCACAGCAGAUGAAUCAGCUCGCCGCUCGUUGGCCCCCGUGGACAGCGGUGUCCUCAGUCGGCUGCUCACACCCACCCAGGCCUCGCUAGCUAGAAGCAAGAGUGCCGCGGCCCUUUCCGCCGAAGGAGGCGACGCCCAAGAGUCUCACCUGUGUCCUCGUUCAGCAUCUGCCAGCCCCAUGCAGCCGCCAGGCCGCGGACCCCUACGCAGUCGCAGCAGUGACCGAAAGAAAGGCCCGCCUACUUCUGUGUCUGCGGAUGCCAUCUCCAGUAUGACACAGCAGGAGGGUGAGAAGCAGAAGCGUUUCACGUCACCAGUAGGAAAACGCCCUGCCUCACCCUCCAGUCGUCACCGAUCCCCUUCUCCUGCUCCCGCUGCUAACACCACCUCAAGAGCGCCCUCACCUGGAGCAGCCAAGCAAAGUCCACGCUUCCGCCCUCCAUCCCCCAGCAGCUUGAAACAGCGUCCUCCAUCCCCUCAGCCCUCUGCUGCAUCUAAACCUCCACCCAUCCAGAAACCUGCUCUAACCCCCACCGGCCCGCCCACCCUUCGCAGGAGGGAUUCCAAGCCAAAAGAUAUGUCUCCCAUGGUACCUGUCGCCCCACAGUCUCCAGAAACCAGCAUGGCACCCGCACCCGCAUCCACACCCACAACCACACCCAAGACCAAAGAGGAAUCUAAUUCUAAAGCCAACGCAGGAACCAACUCGGCUGCAGAGGCUUCCAAGAUCCUGGCGGAGAACCGCCGUCUGGCACGUGAGCAGAAGGAGAAAGAAGAGCAACUCCGCAUACAGAAAGAAGAAGAGGAGCGGCUGAGGAAGGAGGAGGAGAAGCGGCUGGCGGAGGAGGAGCGCUUGAGGCGCGCUGAAGAGGAGAAGAGGCUUGCGGAGGAGAGGAAGCGAGAAGAGGAGGAGCAGGCUCGUAUAGCAGAGGAGGAGAGACAGCGGACAGAGCUGGAGGAGCAACAAAGACAGGCUGAGGAACAGAAAGAGCGCGAGGAGGCUGAAGCAAAGGCCCUAGAGGAGGCAGAGAGGCAGCGUCAGGAGAGAGAACGCAUUAUGCAACAGAACCAACAGGAGCGCAUGGAGAGAAAGAAGAGAAUUGAAGAAAUUAUGAAGAGAACCAGAAAAACAGACCAAAUGGAUUUUAAGAGUAAUGAUGAGAGAGACAUUCCUGAUGAAAAUGGAGAGGAUGCUGAGGACCAAAUAAACUGUGAAAAUAAGGAGAAUCAGGCUGAGUCAGAGCAGAGUGCCAAUGAGACAGAGCCGUCUCAGGAGCAUUACUCACCUGUGGAGGAGCCAGUUGCUGAACGAGAGGAGCCAGAUGUUAGUAUGAACAGACAAACAGAUGUAGAUAAUAAGGAGAACAGCAAUGGACCCAGCACAGAGGAUCCCUCAGUGGACAGCAGCCCGCCUCCCAAGUCCUGUCUGAUGGAGGGCUCUGAGUUUGUGAACGAGGACUCUAAAGUGAGUCUGGUGCCUGGGUUGAAUGGUAAAGGAGGACCCUGGAGCUUUGAGGAGCUGAUCGAUCUGGGUGUUCAUGCGAAGAGCAAACCCCUGAUGGACGAUGGGGGCCCUGAGGGGCCUAGAGUGGCCUUUGAAGAAAAAACCAGCUCAAUUCAUCCAGCCCAGUCUAUUGAAACCCUGUCUGAGAUGUGAAUGUGCAGGUCCGUUUAAGGCCUGCUGAUUAUUGCACUCCACGAGUCACGUCCAGCUGAGCCUCAGUGCUCAGACUCGUCUGGACAGCCAGGGAAAGCGCACAGUGCCGCACAGCCUCUGCAGAUAAUAGAUGGAUAAAGCAAGAGAAAAUAAACACAAGUUGGAAGAAACGAGCUAAAGAAAUGCUUCAGGGAAAUUGAUAGAUUCCUUCAGUGUGCUUGCUUCUAUGUUUAGCAGCUCUUCACCUUUAUAAUAUUGUCAUUUGAAUUUUUUUUUUUCCAUAACAUGUUUUUUGGGGAUUUUUUUUUGUCUUUUAAAUGUGGAGACAACUUUAUUUAUUCAUGUGGCUUCUCCACAUUUAAACGGCUGCUGUCUCAUGACGGUUACCACGUGCACUGUUUUUUGCUAAAUUCCAGUUCAGGUGUUCACGUGGCACAUACAAAUUCAUUAUAACUUCAACUUAAGCGUUUUGUAGAAGGAUCUGAUUAGUUAUUGAGUCAGUGCAGGGCGUUUUUAGAAAGGAAACAUCUCGCAUAUCUUCAGCUGACAUGGCGGUUCCAGUCACAGACAUACUAAUAAUUAAAACCCUGUGUCUGAACUGUGAGCGGAGCUCAGGAAUGUGACCCAAGACGGGCUGCUGGUGCAGCAACACUCAAGUUCUGAUGUGCUUUUAAAUGUGACCUCAGGAUAUUUACAUCUGAGCUUCUGUUUCUCCGCUCCAAAGGAAUAAACAUCACUGUAUAGUGUUUAACACUAUAUUCCCUGUGAAAGAACUCUAGCUCCCGCUGAGAAGCAUUCCUACUGUGUAACACUUGCAGAUAGCAAAUCCCUCUCAAGAUGUUUCAUUGACUGUUUAAUUCAAAUUGAGUGCAGACGUGUUCAUACUGUCUUGAGCUCUGAGAUUGAAGGAUGAUGGAGCUCAAUACAGACUGGCAUAACACUUGUGGCUUCUGUUUAAUGAGGUUUUUAUGUUGUACGUUCCUGUUUUGUAGUAAAUAAACAUGCACUUGUACAUAAGUAUGAUUAGUUAUCAAAUAUCUAAUUUAAGUGCACCCUCAAUAACUUUGGAUGUCUGCAUGAAUCUAUGUGCUAUGAUAUUGCAUAAUAUACACAAUUACUGUAACUCAUCCUUGCACACUUUUUGCAUGUUUCUGAUGUCUUGUUCCCUGGAGUUUGAAGAAACAUGUUUCUGUAACUAAACUUGAAUGAUUUAAUGUUCUCAAAUUCCCAAAGUCCCCUCAGGGUUGUACUGUACUAUCAAGUCCUGAUGUUUUCCUUUGUAUACAGUUACUGUUAGUUCACUUCUGACCAUUCAUUCAUGGAUUAAAUAACCACACUAAAUUUGGUCCUCUCUUUGAAAAUGCAUAAAUAUAUAGUUAAAACUCUUCUAAGUAUUAUGUAAAUCAGUAUUAGGCUGUCUAGCCAUACUUGUGGUUGGGAAUAAGAACUAGGCUACAGGUUGGUGUACUGUAUAGUGCGGCACAGCUCUAUACUAUAAGAUGAAAUGCUGUUCCACACUCACAGGCCAGGUGUAACUACCUGUACACAGCAAGUUACAGCAGCAAUGUGCGUUUAACUUUUUUUGAGCAGAGUGUAAAGUGACAAGAGUAGGUAAAAAGAAUGUGGAUUGAGGGCGCAAGCAAAGUCAAGGGUGGCUUUUUGAUUGUGAGGCUGCUAUGAGGUUGAACGGAUGUUUGCAGAGAAACCGAUGAGCAUGUCGCCUCUCGUUUGGAGUUGUGAUUUACAUUUGCAGCUAGAGGAUUCAGGGACGUUUAAGUGAUGUAUGCACUAGACUUUAUAAGGAUUUGGCAUUCGUCCAUUGAGCGUUUGACUUGAAUUAAAUGUCAAGACGUUUGUAAUGAAUGAUUGGUCUAUAUAUGCUUGAAGAGUUCAGUUGGCUUUGUGUACUGUAGUGUAAAUUGCUAAAAAGUUUCCUUUAAAAUAUUAUUUACAGACUUUUUUUUACCGUUCAAUGGCCACAGCUGGUCAAUCAAUAAGUAAAUUUCCUUAUUUAUAUCAUUCCAUCCGUGUUUAGAAAUACUGUAGAUCCCUCAAUGUGUUUCUUCUGUUAUUUUAUAUGCAUCCACUUUAUUUUUAUCUUUUGUUGUAUAAUAGUCACUUUCCAGAUUUCUUUUUGAAUUUGAUUUCUCAGGCUUAGACUUCAGUGGAAAAGUGUUUGCAGAGGUUAUAAGUGACAAGCGCUUGGCAUGAGACUUGUGUACAUGUUCAGUGCGAUUCAGAAAUGGGUUUGAGAUCAUUGUGACCCCUUGGUUUGGCCUUUUAAUAUGAACUCUUAACACUUUAAAUUUCUAAAACUGCUUCAAGUUGUGUUGUAGCUGCUGAAGACUCAAUCAUUGAGGCAUGUGUGUACGUGUUAGUUACGUUUGCUUUUGUAAUAUACUAGCACAGCCACUUUCAGACGAGUUCACUCCGAUGCAGAUGUUGUUUCCACUAACAGGACCUUUGGAGCCCUUUGUGCUGUAUACAUCAGAACUGAAACUGUUUAAUGUCAAUUGUACUCGAUAGAGGGGUAGAAUAGGACGGUGCCUUAGAUGCAGAAUGGGCUGUAUAUUAUUUUCAUAUAUUAAUAUCUUAACGUGUCACGUGAGCUUACCUCGGCCAUGACAAUCAUUCUACUCGACCAGGGUCAUGAAUAGGAUCUGCUUUUGUUAGAGCAGUUUCUUGUCUUGAAAUAGCCCUGACCACAAAUUAUAUUUGUAAAUAUAUCUAAAAAGUGUACUGCAAAAGUAUAAAUUGUUAAAAUAAAGUUUUGGAAGAUAAAGGAAAA